UGUAGAAACAUUCUAACAUGGCGGAUUAAGUCAAAAAGUUCUAACUUCUUUUUUCUUGACUUCUAGAUCUAGAUCUAGAUUCUACAUUUUAACAACGGAAUAUACGUUUAAAUGAACAUUAAAAUUCAAACAAUUUUGCUUGUUGAAACAUGCGGAUUGGUUCACUUGCAGUACUGGAACUUGAAGAUGAGCCACCACUAGUUCAAGCCUGUUUCCAUGGAGACCCUGAUGAAGUUAGGGCGCUACUAUACAAAAGGGAGGAUGUGAAUUAUCAGGAUGCAGAAAAACGAAGUCCACUUCAUGCUGCAGCUUACUGUGGAGAAGCAGAAAUAGCAGAUUUGUUAAUUCUUAGUGGAGCCAGAGUGAACACAAAAGAUAAUAAAUGGUUGACACCAUUACAUAGGGCCUGUUGUUCUAAAAGUUAUGAAACAGUUGAAAUCUUACUGCGUCAAGAGGCUGAUGUGAAUGCCAGAGAUAAAAACUGGCAAACACCAUUACAUGUUGCUGCAGCCAACAACGCUGUCAAAUGUGCCGAGUCUAUCAUUCCCCUGUUGACCAAUGUAAAUGUUUCAGACAGAGCUGGGCGCACGAGCUUGCACCAUGCAGCAUUUAAUGGCCAUAAGGAGAUGGUUCAACUUCUUAUUGAAAAAGGAGCUACUAUUAAUGCGUAUGAUAAAAAAGAUAGAAGAGCAAUUCAUUGGGCAGCGUAUAUGGGUCAUGUUGAAGUUGUCAAGUUGCUUGUAGACCAAGGUGCAGAGCUUAACUGCAGAGAUAAAAUGAUGUAUACACCUCUUCAUGCUGCCGCCUCCUGUGGUCAGAUAUCUGUUGUGAGACUGCUUCUAGAGCUAGGUGUAGAGGCAGAUGCUGUUAACACACAUGGAAACACUCCCCUACACAUAGCAUGUCUGAAUGGUCAAGAUGUAGUGGUCAGCAAACUGUUAGAAUAUUCAGCUUCAGUCAACGCUAUCAAUAACAAGGGGAUGACGCCACUUCACUUUGCCUCGGCAUCAACUCAUGGAAGUAUAUGCCUUGAGAUUCUUGUUGCAGAAGGUGCCAACACAAAGGCUCAGAGUGAAGAUGGAAGGACAGCACUUCAUAUGACAGCGCUGCAUGGUAGAUUCACCCGAGCUCAGAGCUUAAUCCAGCAUGGCUGUCUGGUAAACACAUGUGAUCGUCUGGGUAACACAGCCCUACAUGUAGCAGCUCGCUAUGGGCAUGAGCUACUAAUCAACACACUGCUGGAUCAUUCAGCUGACCCCAUUCAACGUGGCUACUUAGGCAUGCUACCCAUCCAUGUUGCUGCACUGAAUGGUUUUGUUGAGUGUGUGAAUAAGCUGCGCUGUGCAAUGCCAGCUUUUGAUAUCAACAUAUCUGAUGAUGCUGGCAGGACGUGUCUACAUGGAGCUGCCUGCAGUGGAAAGGUGGACUGUGUUGAAUAUCUACUAAAUGAAGGAAGUAACUUAACAUUACAGGAUAUGGAUGGCAGAACACCAUUACAUUAUGCUGCAGCACAUUGCCAUUACCAGAAUGUUUUGGUUCUGCUCAAUGCUGGAGCUGAUGUGAACAUUACUGACAGUAAAGGGUGUUCUCCCCUGCACUAUGCUGCUGCUAAUGAUGCUGAUGCUAAAGUGGUGGAGUUGUUAUUACAUCAUGAUGCUAGGCCUGGUAUUCGAGACGAUGAUGGCUACAAUGCUGUCCACUAUGCAGCACUAAAAGGCCAUAAGUUGUCACUAGAAAUGUUACUUGAUGCUGCUCCUACAGAUUUACUGCGAAGUGGUGCACCAUAUUCACCUGGACAUCUAGCAGCGUACAACGGUCACAACCAAGCCCUGACUGUCCUGCUGGGUUAUAUGAUGAAUGUGGAUAUCAAGGACUCUAAUGGUCGCACAAUGCUAGAUUUGGCAUGUUUUCGUGGCCAUACAGAGUGUGUGGAAACACUUGUAUCACAGAAUGCUCUUAUCCUGGUCAAUGAUAGUGUGACCAGACGAACACCACUACAUGCAGCUGCUAUGAAUGGACAUUCCAAAUGUUUAAGUUUAUUAUUAGAAGCAGCAGAUGAUUGUAAUAUUGUUGAUUGUACAGAUUUGUAUGACAGGACCCCACUGAUGCUGUCUGUGGAGUUUGGCCAUAUUGACUGUACAGUUUUUCUUAUAAGGAAUAAUGCCAUUGUCAAUGCUAGAGAUACUGAUGGCAGAUCUGCUCUUCACCGUGGGGCUGCUAAUGGUCAUGAAGAAUGUGUUGAUGCCUUAAUACGUCAUGGUGCUGAUUUAACAUUGCGUGACAACCGUGGUCGUACUGCUGUCCACAUGGCAGCAAUGUCAGGUCACAUGAACUUGCUGACAUCUCUCCUGAUGGCAGGACCUUUAGAUCAACUAGAAGACAACCAAGGCUACACCCCACUUCACUAUGCUGCUUAUAAUGGUCAUGACAGUAGUGUUGAAGUUCUUUUGGAGCAAGAAAAUAUGAAAAGGUUUACAGGAAAUACAUUUUCACCAUUACAUUGUGCUGUGAUAAAUGGCAAUGAUAGCUGCACAGAAUUACUCAUUGAUUUAUUAGGGGAAGCUCUAAUCAAUGUCCAAGACAGCAAAGGUCGGACUCCCCUCCAUGCUGCAGCCUACUCAGAUCAGGGAGAAUCUAUGCAACUUUUACUCACUCACAAAGCUCUGGUCAACAUACAAGACUCCUCUGGCAAGUCUCCAGUCAUGUAUGCUGCAGCUAACGGACAUGUGGCUGCCGUAGAACUACUUUUAGAACAUGGAGCUGAGCUGACUACCUCAGAUAGAGAUGGCAACACAGCCUUACACCACGCUUGCUUCAAUAGUCGAGAAGACAUUGCCUUGUUGCUGUUAGAUAAAAUAGAUGAUUCUGUUACAAUCAACAUGGCUAAUACAGAAUUGAGAACACCUUUACACAUAGCAGCCAGAAAUGGACUAGUGCCUGUAGUUCAAGAUUUGAUUGCUAAAGGUGGUAGUGUUCUGGCACUGGAUGAAAAUGGUUAUACACCAGCCCUUUCCUGUGCACCAACAGCCAAAAUAGCAGACUGUCUGGCCAUCAUUCUUGCUCAUAUGCCUUUUUCUUCCACCUGUAAUCAUGUCUUGUCCAAGUCCACUCGCUUCAAUACAUCUGCACCAAGUUACGGUAUUACAAAAUGUCUGGAUGUACAAGAAACACUGAAUGUAACUAACACUGGCAAUGCAGAUCAUAAAGAACAUUCCGGAUCUUUACAAAGUUCUGAUUCAGAAUUUUAUUGAGUCGUUUUUAAGUACAACUGUAACAAAAAAUGUAUGGCCUGACUGAGAUAAAUGACAUUUGGACUGAGGUAGAAGACAACCUGAUUGUAUGGCCUGACUGAGGUAGAAGACAACCUGACUGAGGUAGAAGACAACCUGACUGAGGUAGAAGACAACCUGAUUGUAUGGCCUGACUGAGGUAGAAGACAACCUGACUGUAUGGCCUGACUGAGAUAAAUGACAUUUGGACUGAGGUAAAAGACAACCUGAUUGUAUGGCCUGACUGAGGUAGAAGACAACCUGAUUGUAUUGCCUGACUGAGGUAGAAGACAACCUGACUGUAUGGCCUGACUGAGAUAAAUGACAUUUGGACUGAGGUAAAAGACAACCUGAUUGUAUGGCCUGACUGAGGUAGAAGACAACCUGAUUGUAUUGCCUGACUGAGGUAGAAGACAACCUGACUGAGGUAGAAGACAGCCUGACUGAGGUAGAAGACAACCUGACUGAGGUAGAAGACAACCUGACUGAGGUAGAAGACAACCUGACUGAGGUAGAAGACAACCUGACUGAGGUAGAAGACAACCUGAUUGUACACAUUCCUUGCUUGUAUCUCAAGUCUUUCCUUUAGUCCACUCUUACCACCUAUCAUUGUUGAGCACCAGUCUGAGACAGUUGAUCAAAUCUAGCAAGCUGUUGGUUGUUGAAUCUGGUGUAAAUGCUCAGUGAGUUUUUAACAGAUGUGAUUGAGUUGUUGUUUAACAGAUGUGAUUUACUGGCUGAAUACCUGCAGUAAUAACUAACCCCUCAUUGCAGGCAAUAGAGUCACUGUUUAGUUAUUCUAAUUUUUUCUGGCAAAAAGUGUAGAAUGUACAAAGCAAUCUCUUAACUGGUUGGGCACACUAAUCACAGAACCAAGGAAACUGAGUCUUUUUUUUCCACCAUAACACUUUUAAAAACUAUUUAAAAAUAUCUGCAUAUAUUUUUAAAAAACCACUUUAUUUAGGAAAAUAGUCUUAGUUUAUGUUUCAAUAAAAAUGGUUGAAUAAAAUACAAAAUAAUCUAGACAAAAUUUCAAAAACAUACAAUUUUACUAUUUCAGUGAUUGUUUCCAGAACCUCCAAUCUUUACUAUUUCAAUGAAAUUUAAAAAAAAAUAAGACGUAGUUUUUCCUCAAAUUUCACUAUGCUAUAUGUAAAUAAUAAGUUAAGCCUGAUUCAUCAGCAGUCAGAUUUUGAUUGGUUUUGUUUGUCGCUAAUUAACCUGCCUUUAGUUUUAAACAAUUGUUGGAAAUAACUGCUAGUGAUUGAAGAAGAAAAACGCAAGUAAAACAUUUUCUACUGCUGAUUGUAUCUCCAAACUAUUAUUACCAGUAAGACUUCCAUUACUCCACAGACCUAAAUAGACUACGGUGGCGUAAAAGUUGAGCCCACAGGACAUGAAUGGGUUAAUGUUUGGGUCUUGCUGCUGGUGUUAUUAACUAAAUGUGUGACUGGUGUGACUGUCUUGUUGUGGUAGCCAGUCCUGUGUGGCUAGCCUGACUACUCCGCAAUGAAGAUGUUUAUCAAUUACUUUUAAUUAUGUGCCUUUAUUGAUCUGCACUUCUCUAUUGAUAGAGUCAAGUGAAACAUGUAUUUUAAUGAAAUCUUGUAGAUGUAAAGUUUUUCAAAUUUUUAGACUGGGUUGUCUUACUUGUAACAUUUUAAAAGUAAUAUAUGACAAAAUAAAAUGUACACCAAUUUGAUGAUGUCCCAAAAAGUCCUUGUCUAGUACUGUACACAUUUUAUUUCUACAAUUCUUUAUUUACUAUAAACUCCAGCUAUUUAUCUUUGGUGCAUGUUUGUGAUGAGUGGCUUUUCACAUGGUGUGUGUAGAGGCACAUGUAGUAUCAUUUAGCAACAGGUGUCACAAGUCUUACAUUUCCUGGUAGUCUGAUCAUGACAUAGAUACUAUAUAUAGAAUUUGUAUUAUCAGUAUUUACAUUUGUAAUAAAUUGGUACACAUUUUU